GGGCCAGGCGCCCCAGAGCCCGCGGCGGGAGCGCAGCCAGAGCAGGUGGAGGGCUGGCGGCAGUGGUGGAGGGGCUGCCAUGGCUCGGCCUCUGGGGCCAGAGCACUAACUCCCACCUCUUCCCUCCUUGCCUGUCUCCGAUGCCUGCCAGACUUUGGCCUUUGCCGGGCACCCCGCCUGACCAGCCUCCCCUCCCCGUCCAGUUGGGAUUGGGGGGCUGAGCCGUCUGGGGUCCGAGGGCCAAUGCAGUGCCGGCUCCUCCGGGGCCUGGCCGGAGCCCUCCUCACCCUUCUGUGCACGGGGCUCCUCUCCCUUCGGUACCACUUGAGCCUGUCUCCGAAGGGCGUUCAGGAGACUCCGGGGCUGAGCCCGCCAAGCCAUCCGCCCCCAGAGCUGCAGCUGCGGGAUGUCUUCAUCGCAGUCAAGACGACCCGGACCUUCCACCGCUCGCGCCUGGAGCUGCUGCUUGACACGUGGGUCUCCAGGAUCAGGGAACAGACAUUCAUCUUUACUGACGGCCCGGAUAAAGGCCUCCAGGAGAGACUGGGGCCACACCUUGUGGUCACCAACUGUUCUGCGGAGCACAGCCACCCCGCCCUGUCUUGCAAGAUGGCUGCUGAGUUUGAUGCCUUCUUGGCCAGUGGGCUGAGGUGGUUCUGCCACGUGGAUGAUGACAACUAUGUGAACCCAAGGGCACUGCUGAAGCUGCUAAAGGCCUUCCCACAGGCCCUCGACGCCUACGUAGGUCGGCCUAGCCUGAACCGGCCUAUCCACGCUUCUGAGCCGCGGCCCCACAACCGCACGAGGCUGGUGCAGUUCUGGUUCGCCACUGGGGGUGCUGGCUUCUGUAUCAACCGCAAACUAGCUUUGAAGAUGGCUCCAUGGGCCAGCGGCCCCCGCUUUGUGGAAACAUCCGCCCUCAUCCGGCUGCCUGAUGACUGUACCGUGGGCUACAUCAUUGAGUGCAAGCUGGGUGGCUACCUGCAGCCCAGUCCCCUCUUUCACUCCCACCUGGAGACCCUACAGCUGCUGGGGGCUUCCCAGCUCCCAAAGCAGGUCACCCUCAGCUAUGGUGUCUUUGAGGGGAAGCUCAACGUCAUUAAGCUCCAGGGCCCCUUCUCGCCUGAGGAGGACCCUUCCAGGUUUCGUUCCCUACAUUGUCUCCUCUACCCAGAUACUCCCUGGUGCCCACAGCUGGAGACCCAGUGAACCCCCAACUACUGGGCAACUGUUGGGCUGAGACCUCUGGUUGUUCCUCGCCUCCCAAGGCAGCCUGAGUGCUUGUGGCAAGUGCCCUGGGGUGGGCAGUCCCUGGCAGGGCCUCCAAGUGGUGGGAAAGCCCAAGAUUGGAUGGUGGAUGGUGGUGAAGGCAUCUCAGGUCCCUGGGAGGAGGGUUAGACAGCCCAGGGACCAGGGCCAGAGAGACUCCAGAGGCUGGGCUGCCAUGGGCCCUGGGUGGCUAAAUUGAAUGAGGAUGGGGACCAUUAAGCUGGGCUAGGGCUCAGUGGUCCUAACCCUCUAGAGAAUUACAUGGGCCUCUUGGUGGGGUCUGGCUUCCACCCCCAACUCUGGCCUCUCAGUCAUUCCUCUGGAGUCAAAUGCUGGGCCACCCACUCCUGGAUCCCUUGGCUGGGUCCCCAACCACUGAGAAACCCAGGUGGAAAAGUGGCAGAGUGCAGACAUUAUGGCAGAUACUGUUUUGUUGACCAGUCUCCAGCUCCUCGCUCUCUACCCCUUGCUAACAGAACCCGAUUUUGUUUGGAGUAUCAGCCUGCCCAGACAAGAUAAUGCAUCAUGACGGGUCCCAGUCAAUCUUGAUGAUCCUUUUGCUCACUUUCUCAGCCUCCCUUGCUGUUAGGAGCUACCAUGUGUCCCAUCUGGCUCUGGCCGGAGCCAGAGCUCUGUCUGUUAAUGUGAACUAAGCAAAGCCAAUGGAGAGGAUUCUGGGGAAAGUUUGUGGCCCCAUACCUCAUCUUCCUGCUGUGAAUGUGGGUGUGAUGUCUGGAUCUGGGGCAGCCAUCUUGCUGCCAUGAAGGAAAGGCCAAGACAAUCAUCUACCCUCGUUCUUUCCAGCACCUGGUUCUGCAAGAAAAUUAAAUCCUUAUU